GUGACAUCACUCCUGAAGCUCAAACCUCACUCUAAGCUCCCUUCAUUAGUCAGUCUGUUGGUCUGUCUCCUUUUUUCCAGAUCUACAGACCUUUUGCACACCGGAGUAUGCUGCUCUGAGCAAAAGAGCUGUGGAAAUCAGAAGCACUGAGAGAGAAAGAAGAGGAGACAGAAAAGGAAAGGAAAGGGGAGGGAGACAAUCUACAAUAUGAAAUUAAUCUCAGCUUGUUACUUGCUGCCUCUUUUCCCUGUUCUAGUUUUCAGCACUAGACAGGGUUAUGAAGAACUGGAAAGACAACUGAAAGAAAUCUUUAAAGAAAGGAGCAAUAUCCUCCGUCAACUGUCGAAGACAUCAAAAGAACUUGAGGGAAUUAAAGUAAACCUCCAGUCUUUGAAAAAUGAUGAGGCAUCUGCCAAAAGUGAUGUGCAGAAACUUCUGGAACUAGGCCAAAAGCAAAGGGAAGAAAUGAAAUCUCUCCAGGAGUCCUUUCAAAAGCAGCUUAAUGAGGCAGCUGAGAAAGCAGAAAAACAGCAGGCUACUAUUAACUUUCUGAAGACUGAAAUGGAAAGGAAGAGCAAAAUGAUAAGAGAUCUGCAGAAUGAGAACAAAAGCCUGAAGAACAAGCUCCUGUCGGGAAACAAGCUUUGUGGUAUCCAUGCAGAAGAGUCAAAAAAGAUCCAAGCCCAGCUGAAGGAGUUUCGCUAUGGGAAAAAGGAUUUGAUUUUUAAGGCACAACAGCUAACAGAUCUGCAGCAAAAGCUAGCAAUUGCAAAAGAUGAGUUGGAAAAGGCAGCCCUUGACAAAGAGUCACAGCUGAAAGCUCUGAAGGAGACUGUACAACUCUGCCUGUCUUCCGUUCUGCACAAUCAACCUCCCGCUACGAAUAUAAUCCCUUCAAAACCAACUGAGAAGCUGACAGCCCCUGUUACAAAUGACUCAAAAGUUCCAUUUCAAGUGACAAACACCAAGCAAAAUACCUCAGCAGAUAAGGAGACUCUUCAUGUUGCCUCAACAAAGGAAGCAAAUCAAAGCAUCCAGGAGUGUGAUUCUCAAGACGUUGGCAAGACUUGUUUGGGGAACCGCAGUAAUUCAACAUCUCUUCAUCUCAAAGUGGCAGACACAAAUCCUAGCUUUCAGAAGUUUCACAACCCUCCAUGGAUUAAACCUGAAGUUAAAAAACCAGCAGAGACAAAUGAGAAGAAGCAUGAAGAUUUAGAUAAAAUAGAAGAAAAAGCACUGUAAACAUUACUAAGCUAUGUUAACAACGGUCUUCAUUUGCUAUUGUCUUCAUAUUAUUUUUAGUCCAGAAGCAUGAUAAUGUAUCUAGUUUCUAAAGCAUGCAACUUUUUCACUAUUUUAUCAAUGUUUGUAAAUUAGUCUAGUUUCUGAAAUAGACCAAUUAGUAUCUCUCAGCAAUAAUCCAGCAGAAAUGGAUGUUUGAAGAUAUGCUUUGUAAUACAGUCCAGUUUUUUGAAAUAUUAUUCUGCUCUGAUCAGUAACUUGCUUAUUAUAAAUCAGUCUGUUUUGUAAAGAACUGCCAUUUUGAAGUUUUCUUUUCUUAGCUUGUUCUGUUUAAUAGCUAUCUUUACUGUACACUUGGGGAUAA